AUGUCCUCGCCCACAACUUUUCUGAUCGCUGGCGGAACCGGUCGUCAAGGUGGUGCCGUCGUCAAUGCGCUUUUGGCAGACAAGUCUAUUUCAAUUCAAGCCAAGGACAUUUAUGUCUUGACGCGGAAUACAGCCGGCGCUGGUGCCGCCGCCCUCACAACCCGGGGGGUUAAGCUCGUGCAAGGCGAACUCGGCCAACCCGAUGCGAUCUUCAAACAGCUGUCAGACCUAGGCGUCAACCCCACAAAGACAGCCGCGUUCCUGUCUCAGGCUCAUGGGCCGACAGAACUGAACGAUGCGAAAGGUUUCAUCGACGCUGCCAUUACGAAUGGAUUGUCGUAUUUCGUCUACUCCUCCGUUGAUCGCGGUGGACCGGAACUCAGUGACCGCGACGCCUCCUACUGCAAGACCUUCUCCGACAAGUUCCAAAUCGAGAAACACCUCGAAUCGGCUAGCGCAGGUGGGAAGAACAUCAACUACACAAUUCUACGCCCAACUUGGUUCGCCGACAAUGCUCUCUGGGGAUUCCCUGGGAAACUUUGCAUGGCAGGAUGGCGCGAAAACAUGAGAGGAAAGCGAAUGCAGGUGACUACGAUCAAGGAUAUCGGACGAUGGGCAACUGAAGCUCUUUUGCGUCCUGAUGCCUCGGGUAUCCGAAACAAGCCUCUUAGCAUUGCUAGCGACUAUUUGUCGUUCGAUGAGAUUGACGCCAUAUUCAAGAAGGAGACAGGGAAGCCGGUCGGCGUCACCUACGGAUGGCUAGCGAGAUUGAUGAUCUGGAUGGUCGAGGAUUUGCGCACUAUGUUCGGUUGGAUCAAUGAGAGGGACUAUGGUGCCGACCUCGAGGAGCUGGCGAAGACGGUCAAGCCUACCACGUUCCGGGAAUGGCUCAAGGAAGCCCAUAAAGCUUGA